AGGAACAGGUAGGAGCAGGAGCAAGGCACAAGAGCAACAGGAGCACGCUGUUGCUACUGAUGCGCACGAAUAUGAGUAUGGAGAAGAUGUAGAAGAUGAAGAGUUAGAAGAUGGAGCAUCAGUGAUCGUAGUCCGAAUUGACAAAGUAAGAUAUGAUAACUUGAGAAAAAAAAACCAUUGGCAUUAUAGCAACCGAAACUAUAAGUAUAACUACACUGAAUCUCCUCCUAGUAUCCUGGUACGCAACCAAUGUCCGACUCCGACGAAGGCAACCCCUUUCUUGGCGGCGGACCAAACCCAUUUGCAGGUGGCGUGGGGCUGGGAGGUGGCAAGUCUUCACAUGCCUGGGAAGGCGAAUCUUCGGAAGAGGAUGAGCGUCCGGCGAAGCGGACUAAGCUAUUUACCUCCGGCGGCAGUCACGGCAUGAAAUUCGUGAAGAAGGAGACCAUUCAGCCGAAGGAAAUUCCAAAAGCCACAAUCCACAUGAAAGACAGCGAAGGAAAAAAUCAGGCGACGUCUCCCGAUGAAGCAGAUUCUUCAGAACACGAAAACGAUGACGAUGAGGAAAACCCGGGCACAAUUGACCCCCGGUUCCAAUUCCAAUUUGACGCCUCCUCUGCGCAGCAGAGGAAAGAGCAGGGUCCGCAGAUGCCUUCGAAGGUCCACCGUAGUGAUCGGCAGCUCGCGGACGAUUUCUCCAACCCGGUGCUUGCCUACAUGAAGAAGAUGGGCUGGAAAGGCGGGGGUCUCGGGGUCGACGAGCAAGGGCGCGCGAAUCCCUUGAAAGGUGCGUACGGACGCAAGAAGAACCAGGCGAUCCAGGAAGACGGAGAAACCAAGCAGGAGGAGGACGAUAUGGCUCUCUCAAGCAGUGCAUUCGCAUUUCGUGGUCGUGCAUUUCUAUUUGGCGAUUUUUUUGUGUUUGUGACGCAAAGAAGCCUGUAAGUAUAGAAUAGUAAACUACGAAUAGUGGCUUCCGUUUGUUCGAUAUUGUCCACGUGUCUGUGGUUGCCUGAUCUUCCAGCUGGUUCUUCAAAUGAGAAGGUUUGGACGCUCUCGAGAGCAUGCUGGGAAUCCGUGCCGGAUUUGUAAGUAGAGCGCUGCAAUCGCAAUGGCAAAAUAAAAUAAGAAAUAGUUUCCUAGUGGUCUUCGGGCCGUAUCGUUCAUCGGGCCGCCGGGCUGACAAGACAUAAGUUAGUACCUCUAGUAUCCUACUCCCGAAAGGAAAGCAAGGGCUCGGGAUCUAGGACCCCCAGCGGUCCCCCGGGAGGUUGCCCAGUAGAGCUGCCCAGCGCUCGCCUGAAUGAAGGUCCUCAUUUGAAAUUACAAGAAACACAAAACUGAAUCGCAUAGCAAUUGCAUUCUUUUGUACUGACAAACAUGCAAGCUCAAGCAAUUAGCAAGAAGCAUUUGCACAUGAAAGUGUAACGUUUGAGAAGGCCAUAGGCGACCGUAAGAAGCCCGACCAGCGCAGCGCGAGGGACAUACUUCUUGGCGGAGCGACAGGCUUAUGCAGUGCAAAAGUCUCGCUCUCGUUAACGUAUUCGAUUGGUAGUACUGUCAUAAAACUAAAAAAGUUCAAGCUGCAUAAAAGCCUAAUAUCGAUGAGGCGAGGCCUAUCCAGGAAAAUAAAAGCACCCAUUUCCAUCCAAUUUGUGUUUGUCCUGCAAAACAUGCAUAAACUCCAGUGUAGUUUGCCAUCCAAACGAUGGCUGGGGCUGGCUGUUUUUUCCUGGAUAAGAACUGUGUUCGUGCAGUGCCGUUCGAAACGGAAUUUACUAUACGACUGCGAUACUUUUGUACGGCAUCAGGGGAGAAGAGCACACGCGACGUGAUCCCGGGACUUGGAACCCACAUGAGUAAAAGCGAUCGCCAGGGAUUCAUUGGGGGCCGGAGAAGACAGAAAGACAAGAACGAGCAGCACCUGAAGAGGCGCGACCGCGAGGUAUUCUAUGAAACGGAAGAUGGGGAUGGCUUCUUUGAAGAAAAAACUGUGCAGUCUAGCACAAUGCGCAUCGUGGAUAUGACGCAAGCACGCGGCGCGCGCAUCAUCGGGGGUGCCGGAGAAAUUAUAGCUGGCUCUCGUCUGACUGCAAGAGCCGUCACCGCAGCGGAGCUGCGCGGUUCACUCAUGCAGAGGACGGAGCGCCCGCUCGAUGAUCUACUUACGGGGCUCUCGGACCUGGUGUUGCGUACCGACCAAGACGCGGAUGUGCUGCGCCGCCAGGUCACGGACUACCGGAGCAGCCUCGAGGUCUUGCAGGACGGGCAGGGCGUGGGCGACAAUCUUGACGGCGAGUUCGGAACAAGUAGUGGCUCUUCAUCUAGUGGCGCUGAUGGCGCCGACGUCAAGAAGACGAGGCACAGGUCCCGCAGACACCAACGCCGGACGAAGCGGCGCGCAGAGGAUUGGGAGGACGUGCUCGAAGGCGUCCUGAAUGACCUGGAAGUGCAAUUCAAGCACCUGGACAGCGCUGCCGGGCUUGUGUCUUCAUUUUCAGCACCAGGAUACAUCACUUCGGCGUCGUCCACUGAUGCGGCGGCCACAGUUACAAGAGUCGAAGCAGAACUAAUAAAGGUGAUAGAGUACUUCGAAGAAGUGCUGCAGGCUCAUGGGCCGGCCUUCUGGGCAGAUUUCACCUUGGAACAGCUUUGCGCCGAGCAUCUACUACCUAUUUUUCGCCAUCGCGUCAACCUUUGGAACCCGCUUGACGAGUCGGAUGAGCUAGAUCCAGUGUUCGAGCGCAUCCGCGACUUACUCGUUUUGGGCUCUUCCGCAACACUGGAGCAGACCCAAAACAAACAGCAGCGUGAGCUGUUCCAGAAACUGGAGCGGUGCAAAGCUUACAAGCUGCUGACCCAAGCGACCGUAUACCCGAAGAUUCGCACAGCAAUUAGCAGCCCGGAUUGUCGCCCGGCUGAUUCCCCGGCUGCCUGCGGCGAUUGUCUGCUCCUGUUCACCACUGCCAGUAAUUUCCUGCCCUCUUUUUGCAUCACCAACUUGGCUCGCCUAAACCUCGUGCCUAAGCUUCGAGAGCAGGCGCAAAAGUGGGACUGCGUGGCGAGCGAGGGCUUCUUGUCCUGGAUUCCGGCUUUCCGCGAGUACCUGCUCGAAAGCGACCUCCGCGAAAUCGCGCGCAUCUGCAAGCAGAACGUUGCGCGCUACUUUUCUGGCCGUUGGCAACCGCUAGAGUUCUGUGCUGCGGCCAGAAGAAGUAGACAGGCUGCAGCGCAGCAGCUUUUAGAGGAAGACGAGCAACAGGACCGUCACGAUAUUAACAAGGUCCCGGCCGUCGACGAUAGCAUACCGCCCGCCUCCGACUCGCAGCUGACCGGACCUGCGCUGGUGCGGAAUUUGCGGCGCUUCCUCUCGGACGAGGAUGUCUAUGACCUCGAGCAACGCGUCAUUCUGCGCCUGCGGGAGGCCGUUCAGCCGGACGACUCUGAUGAAGUGCUAUUUGUGCUCGCGCCUUGGUAUGACGGCGUGGCCGCUCCGUUGGGCAGCAAUGUUUCCCCCUCCACAUUAUCCUGAAUAAGAACGUACUUACUCAACCGCCACAGCUGGUCAAGGUGAGAGUUUCUGUUUUUGCAUUUUGUUGCUGUUGUGCAUGACAAGUUUAGCUUUAGACUCAGUCACGGUGACGCUGUUGCUGCUGUGACCAAGAGCAGUGCAGCCGCAGGAGUAAGGCACUUUCUUAUCCUGAACGGAGUAUGACAAAUAUAUAGGAAGUACAGUAUGACAAAUAUUAAUGUACAAGAACUUAGUUGAAUUUAUUUAUUAGUACCAUAAUUACCACGCUCAUCUAAUUGCUGGCAUCAAGAUAAGCAUACGCAUCAUGGCAAGGUUAGGUUGGGGAGGUUUUUCCACAUGAUAUCCGAACAGGAGACGUCACAACUGCUCCAACGCUCUCCUUUUACUCGCGGAGGAGCUCUUCUUCCAGCCGCUGCGGCAAAACCUGAAACGGAUUCUUGCGGCCAUUUGCUCCUCUGACGCCGCCAGAAUGUUUUUCGAUGGGGCUGGGAAGGAGAAGCGCCUCUACAACGGACGGACGUUCUUGAGGGCUGCACCAUUAGCAUCUUCAGAAGAUCCGCAGGUCAAUCGCGUGAAAACGGACCUGACGAAGUUGCUCACUCGUUUCUACCGACGGGUGCGGGCUCGCUUCGCCGAUGCAACGCUAGCGCAAAAUGGCGACCUGGCGAUGCAAUUUUCGUACCUGCUUGAGGUGUUUGAGUGCUAUGCGCUGGACCAGGGGAAGUUCUCGAGUGCGUCCUCUUACGUCUUGGACCUCGACGGACUAGAAACUGGCCCUGCCCUGCAGGUUGGUGACAAGGGACAGUUGUACGCGAACCGGGGGAACAGCGGGCUUUCCGAGCGCGAGAAGACCCUCAGGCGCUACGCAGAUAUGCUAAAGGAGGACAAGCAGCGCGCCGCCUUGCGGCAGAAGGACCGGCAGCACAUGGAGGAGCCAGACAUGGGCUUGCGUGAGUAUGCCCCGCUCCCCAGAUGAAGCGAUCUCAGUUCGAGUGAUGGGUUUACGGUUUUUUAUGAACAAUUUGGAUUUCGGUUGCGCACGUUUUUGGUCACUUUUUAAACAAAGGACCGUCCAGUUUACGUGGAUGCAACUGCAAGGCUUGAAUUUGUUUUGCAUAAAGUUCAAAAUGUAAAAAGCAAAGUCUUUUUGUUGCAAUUCCAAUGCUGCACUGCGAUGAUUACGAAACCAGGUUGCUUUUGAAUUUCUGUUUCAGUGCGGUCGUUCGGCGCGGUUGCAUCCCCCGGGGGCGAUGCCGGGUUACCAAGGUCCACUGGAUUUCUUUCUUUUUACAUGUUUUCCCACGCUUUGUAUUUCUGCUUUGUGUGACGUAGAGAGAUGACCCAAUCCAGGAUAUUUUGGCUGCGUCCCCUGCUUCCAACUUGCCUCAUCUCGGCCUUUUACGAUCUACCACCCGGUGAUGGAGAGAUAGAGGGUAUAGCGCUAUUUUGUCACACCGUCUCACGGUCACUGCGUACAGUCUGCAUGGGCAUGAUUUUACGCAGGAUUAUUGUGCGUGGUUUAUAUGGUUGAAAAGUCGCGACAUUAUAUUGAGAAUGAAAACGGGCCUGGCUCCCAAGAUUGCCCUAGGUGGCAGAUACACUCGGCCCCAGAUCCCGCCUGCGCCCCUGCGGGCCGAUCCCUCUCGUCAUAAUCUCAGAAGCUUGCGGCGUUUUUGCGUUUAUUUUUCUGGCACCUAGAGACCCACGCCCCGGCUGUACCCCCCGGCCGUUGUCGCAUUGGAACGCCCCCAAGGUUGCCCACGUGUGUUCGAACAAGAACGCAAGCAAAUAGGUUGCAGCCAUCUACCGCCUCCGUUUUUUGACAUAGAUAACACGGGCCGCGCGAGCUGGCACGCAAAUAGGUGGGUAGGUGCUCUAAGCUGUAGCGCUGGGCGGACUUAAGCCCAUGCCACCGCUUUGCAAUGUUAGUUUCGAGCCUGUAGCCCCCCCACCUUCCGAAAGCACCCCACGGAAGCCCCCCCCCCUAUAUUUUAUUGCGUUCUGGCCGAUCGCCCCCGCAGGUGUUUUUCCGUGCCUGCGCCCGAUCUCACCCGGUAGCCCCGAGCGCCUGCCCCGCCCUCGUUUCGCCGCCUGGCCGCGCAUUAUGAUUGCCGGCCACUGCUGGAGGGCGAUCGCGGUGGUCGAAGCUCGUGGCUUUUUUUCGGGUUUGUUCCGAAUUGUUUUCCAGUGCCAGGCGCGACGGCCGUGCAGUUUUGUCAUGCCGACACGGCACGGGAUAGUGACGCCCCGGCUUUUGUGUGGCGUCUGUAAUUACAGACGAAGGCACAGCAGCAGCGCCUUGCUUUGUUCCGCCCCACCCCGACGAGCCGACGCCCGUUCGGUGUUGGGUUAUUAGGCGCCGCAAAAAUCUUGCCAGGCCUGUCACUGGCAAGAUUGUGGCACUGCGUAGCAGUAAAGGACUAGCAGCAGGAGCCCGGGGCUUGUUUUUCUUUUCGUUUUUUUCAUGCGCGUAAUUGAUUCUGCCACUCGGGGAGCUGUGCGCUCGCUGUCGUAUCUAUUUGCAUCGCCCCGCCCAUUGAUCCCCCGCCCUGCUUCUCGCAGUUUGCUGGGUGGGCUGCCCAAAAAUGGCGGGCGAAGCCCUGCAGCCCGUAACCUUUGACAGCGGAGCAGCGCUGGCCCUCUUCGGUUCGGGGCCAGUGCUUGGCAACGAUUUGCGGGACGCGCGUCGCGUCUGGUCUUUUUGCAUGCGGAGACUUUUCGACGCCUUUUGGCUUUCGCCGAUGCCCUGACACUGGGUGGAACACUGUCUGCGUGGUUGAUGCCUGGAUCCCAGCACCCCCCGCGCUCGCAGAUCAUAUUGCCAACAUUGCCCCCAGACAGACUUUGCGCGUUGGUAUAAUCUAGCGCGGUGCUUGGUUUCUCCAGCCUUUUCCUUUCCCCGAUGGGGGGAAGGAAAGGCCGCUCCCCUCCUACCGAUCCGGACGGAUCAAAAAUCGCGCAGGAUCCGCCAGAUAGAACACCAACGGCGACGCUGGUCCGUCCCAUUUGCCUAGCUGACGCCCGGCCCCUGCAGCUUGUCAGCACAUCAAACCGCCGGCGUUUCCAUGAAAGUAAAGCCGGCGCGUGAGCGUGCGCGCGUGCGAAAGAGAGAGAGAAACUUCGGAGAGCGUGCGAAGGCCUUGGCGCUGUCGUCGCUGUGAACAGGCCAGCAACUUCCGAAGAAUUGCGAGCCCUUUCGGAAGAGUAGAGAAGUUCCCGCCUGGCCAACUCGCCGGCGCGGUUGGGGAGAACCUUGCGCACGUCGCGCGUGUCGACUUUAGCGCACAGCUGCUGCUGGUUUUGCGCAGCUUUUUCGUCGAAUAGCCGCACUGCUUUCGCUUGCGUUCAAGAUGAUCGCGAAGACCUCCGCGCGGAACUGAGCGGCUGCGCCCGGUUGCUCGGCCCUGGAGCGCGUGCAGUGUGGUCGUUUGGCCUUGCCCCCAUGCCCUUGCUUGGUCGAGUGUAUGACGGAGAACGAGGCUGAGACUCCGCGCCCCGUCGCUUGUCCCAUCCCUCUGGAUCCGUCGACGAUGUUUUCGGUUGGAGCGGUGUGCGUUCAUUGUCGUGCUGAUGGUGUAGCUCCCAGCUGCUUCACUUCGUUCUGCGUAGGUUCUGGUCUUAAAUUCCCACCCAGCGUCGUCCUCCCCAGGAAUGACUCGGACACUGCACAUUUUCACGGCGUGGCUGCAUAGUAGAUUUGUGAUGCUGCACACCUAGCGGAGAGAUACUUUCACUUGCAGACCGUCAUCUGCAAUUUUUUUGCACCAAAGAAAAACUGUUGCAGUUGAGAUUGUUUCAGCUGAGGCUUCCAUAGCGAGGUGUUGGAGCAGUGCGCCGCGGAACAGAAUGUGGCCUUCGUCGAGAAAAAGGGAUUUGUUUCAGCUUCUGGUAUAUGCCUUGCAGCUGUAUGUGUAUCGUAUGCAUUUUAGAAUUGGUGCUCGAGAGAAAUAUACAUAUAGAGAAGUCGCGAGAGGUGGAUGAAAAUUUUUCAUGCAGAGGCAGAUUCAGGUAUAGACUAAGAUGAGAUUAUUUGUCAUGCAUGCAAGACUAAGACAAAAUUUAGAUACGAAUGCGAUACUUCUUUGGCAGUAUACGGAAAGCAGUGGUUCACAUUCGGGAAGAAGCACUUCAUUUUAUGCAUAGCAAAUAUGUCUGAGUCUGAGUCAAGAACAAGGUAGAAGAGUGCAAGUUUGUACUGCUAAAAUCCCUGUCAUUGUCAUGCAAAAAUAAAAUGCAAGCUGCCAGCGAAGGGAAGAGAGCGAAACACCAUAGGACCUCGAAAACUUGUCUUUGUCAUGCGUGGCUGGUGCAUAUCGCAGCGCGCUCACGACCAUUCACAAACUAGCAUCAUAAGUUUCCCGACUCAGACAUAUUUGCACUCGAUGCAUGUACUGGGAAAACGACAUCUGCUUCUACACCACGAGUCUGCAAGCCAAGGACAAAAUUUUUCCGACCAGUCUCGAGAACCUGUUGCAGAUUGUCAAAAAAUGA